AUGGCGGCGGCCCCCGUGUGGGGCGGCGGGGGGAACGGCAGCCAGGGCGAGGCGUCGUGGCCCGGGCAGCCGUGCGACGAGCGGCUGUGCUCGGCGCUGCCGGUGCGGGCGCUGAUCCCGGUGACGGCGGUGUGCGCGGGGCUCUUCGCCGUCGGUGUGGUGGGCAACGUGCUGACGGUGCUGGUCGUCUGCGGGCAGCGCGACAUGAAGACCACGACCAACCUGUACCUGGGCAGCAUGGCCGUGUCCGACCUGCUCAUCCUGCUGGGGCUGCCCUUGGACCUGUACCGCCUGUGGCGCUCGCGGCCGUGGAUCUUCGGGCAGCUGCUGUGCCGCCUCUCGCACUACCUGAGCGAGGGCUGCACCUACUGCACCAUCCUCCACAUCACCGCCCUGACGGUGGAGCGCUACCUCGCCAUCUGCUUCCCCCUCAAGGCCAAGGUGGUGGUCACCAAGCGCCGCGUCAAGGCCGUCAUCGGCGCCCUCUGGGCCUUCGCCCUCCUCUCGGCCGGGCCCUUCUUCUUCCUGGUGGGCGUCGAGCAGCCCGACAACCGCACCGACUUCGGCCGCGAGUGCAAGCCCACCCCGCAGGCCCUCGAGUCCGGCCUGCUGGCCACCAUGUUCUGGGUCACCACCACCUACUUCGUCCUGCCCGUCCUCUGCCUCAACGUCCUCUACGGCUUCAUCGGACGGGAGCUGUGGCGCAGCAAGGGGCGCCUGCAGGGCCCCAGCGCGGCCCUCAGGGAGCGGGGACACCGGCAGACCGUCAAGAUCUUGGCUGUGGUGAUUCUGGCCUUUAUAAUUUGCUGGUUGCCUUUCCACAUUGGCAGGAUCAUUUUUAUAAACACUCAGGACACCAGGAUGAUGCUCUUCUCCCAGUACUUUAACAUCUUUGCCCUGCAGCUUUUCUACCUGAGUGCCUCCAUCAACCCCAUCCUCUACAACCUCAUUUCGAAGAAGUACAGGGCGGCAGUCUACAAGCUGCUGCUGCCGCACCGCUCCGCGGGAAGGGCCUUUGCGAUCACUAAAGAGGCCGGAGGCUACACGGAAACCAGCACUAGCAUGAGAAACAAGUAAAUGGCUGGCCCCU